CACAGCACUGAAGUUGUUUUGUCCUCAACACGGUGGCUGGUUUUUUGCCACGUGGGCUACUAUAUCCACUCAAAAUCCAGUUCCCAGCUACCUUAACCGUUUAUCUGAUUUCCGACCACCGGUUCAAAUUAAACCAUGGCUACCGCCUCCGCCACCGCAAUUCUAUCUCCCACCACCACCACCGGACCCGCCGCCGCUUCCACAUUUCACCCAUCACUCCACAUCAUUACUAAAUUCCCCUUCUCCAAACCAACUUCGAAACCACUCGUUUCCAGGCCAAUCACCAGGCUCCACGUAUCCAGCUCCAAUCCCACCGCCGCCACCUCCGCUUCCGGCGUCGGCACCUCCACCAAAGGCGGCCAAGAAACAAUCUUUUACGACGGCGGAGCUCACUACGGAGACCUCGUCGCAAACCUUCUUCUGGGUUUCACCCUAUUCUGGCUUCCGUUAACUUUAGCUGCGGUUCUGAGGGGAUUCUUCUUGAGGUACAGGUUUACCAAUUUGCGUGUCACGGUUAUAUCCGGGUUAACGGGUCAAGAAAGGAGUGAUUUUUCCUACAAAGUGAUCAAGGAUGUUCAAGUUGUCCCAAGGUUUAUCGGGGAGUGGGGGGAUAUUAUCAUCACUUUGAAAGAUGGCACUAAAGUGGAUUUGAGAAGUGUUCCCAAAUUCAGGGAAAUUGCAAAGUAUUGUCUCUCCAUGGCUGACCAGCCUGUGGUUUUGAAGGAAAGUGGACCUAAAGGAUUUUAAUUUUUGGGCUUUCGGGAAGAGGAGGGUGAUUUAGCAGUCAACUUUCAUAGAAUGUGAUGGAGCAUCCCGCUGGAGUAGCAAAUUAGUUGUCGUACUUAUGACUUGUGAGUUCAACGCUUCAGUGCUAAUAUCAUUUGCAAGGCCAUCAUGCUAAUAGUGGAUUUUUCCAUCAAAAUGGCUAGUAUUUGCCUCUUUUUAAUGGUGACUUUGCUUUUGAAAGCUGCCAUUGCCAAAGUCAAAAUUUCCUGGCAUUGCACUUAAGGAUCAGCUUCAAUGUGAAGUUUAAUCACUUCCUACGCUGAAAUUGAGAGUUAAUCGUUUCAUAACAUGCUAAUCUUCCUGCCAUAAAUCAUGCUGCUGACUGAGUUCCGGGUUCCAAAUGUAUCAUGGUACUUUGGAAACUUGAAAGGCCUUCAUGCAUGAGUCAAAUAGUUAGCAUUUACUUUAUGGUGUCCAUGAGGUUUUUAAUUUUUAAUUUUGUAAACAUUGUAAGUUGCUUUUAUAUUUGAAUGUUGUUGGUUAAUGAAAUAUGUAACUGCACUUGGGAUGAUUGUUCUUGGAAGAAGCACUCGCCGGGCUUUUACGUUGUAUUGUAAUGAUCAGAACAAGAUUGGAUCAAAUGGACUCUAGUCUAGAUCCCUCUAUGGAUUCAGUUAUGACUUGUGAGAGUCAAGAUGAUGCCUGUAGCUUAGUCUGGUCAUGUAGCUUAACUUUUGGAUUGGCCAAUUCGUUCUCCUAAAAUUUGCAUCUUCUCUUUUCUGUAUCCAUACUGAACUUGAAAUGGUUUACCCUAAACAUGUGUUGCUAGCAUACAGAACUAGAAACAGUUUAUACUAAGUUACUUGCCAUUUGUUUGGAUUUUACUUGUAGUUGAUAGUAAUAUCAACUAGACUCUGAUUUUGUGCCUCUUACCACUUUUAGCAAGUGUAAAAUGGGGCCCUGUGGAUUUUAAAGUCUAGAAUUCUGUUAACAAAAUUAAUGAACUUUCCAGUUCAAUGUACAUUGCUGUUUGGGUUACUUGGACUGACCACUUGUAAGAAAU